CAUGAUGGCACAAUCAUGCUCAUCACUGGAUCGACCGGUUGUGGAAAAACCACUCAUCUUGCGGCUCUGGCAAUGUGUUUGUUCAAACGACAUUGGAUUCCACCACAAGGGAAAUCAGAUCAAGAGUUUGAUAUGAGCGAUCCACGUUCAAGGCUUUUGACUCGAACCACGACUACAGUGAAUGUCUCUGUGCGCCCUACAUUCCCCAAACAUCAAAUUUUCGUGCACUUCACGGACGGUCUCGCUCUUACUGGACUGCCCCCGAAAACACAACUAAUCUCGCUAGUGAACGAUUGGACGGAUCAGUUAUUUGAAGAAAUCGAAAAAGCUGCUCAGGUAUCUGGUAUUGUGGCUAAAAGAUUAAACGAAAUUCGCGGUGAAACCCAACAAUUCUCAACUGGCGAAAAAGACGCGUUGCUCAAGGCAAAGAUGCGCUGUCUUUCCAAGCUAAUCAGCCUCCUGGAAGUGUUCUCCAAUCGACACUAUGCGUUCCUUUUGGAUGCAGCAAAUCAGAUACAACCACCACUACUCGAUUGGAUACCGACUGUCCUACCACCGGUAUGUUGA